UGACAUAAAUGAUAAUUUAUAUAUAUUUAAUCAAGAAGCGCUUGCCUAGCUUUGUUAUUCUUGAUUGAUCUGGUUUGUCCCAAACGAUCAACAGUUUACUUCUAGGUACUCGUCAGAUGAUGGCUGAUGUUCAAGACAACUUCAAUCGUUUACAGCAAGAAUUAAAAGAUCGUUCACUGAGUACUACAAUAGUGGAGUCAGGGAUACUAACCAUCAUCAUGUUAGUAACAUUGCUUGGUAAUGUUCUGGUGUGUCGUGCUGUUUAUCAAACUCCAAGGCUUCGUACCAUUACUAACUACAGUGUGGUGGUCCUUGCAUUUACUGAUAUCUCCAUGGCGGUGUUUGUCUUGCCUUUGAUUCUGAGCGCUUUCAUCCUGGGGGGAAAACCGUUCAGUCAUGUGGUCUGCCAGUUUCAAGCCUAUCUUGCAAUAGCACUGGUGUACACCUCCAUUUUCACAGUAACAUUCAUGUCAGUGAACCGUUACUUCAAGAUCGUUAAGAGUCAUCUUUAUCGCAAAGUUUUCACUCGCAGAAAGACGUUAUUAAUGCUUUGUGUCAUUGUUAUCAUAGCUUGGCUUGGACCGUUGAAUUCCCUUUUGCAAAGAAAAUACUUUCAACUUCACCCAGGAAAACUAGUUUGUAUUUACACUUACACGCAGCUCUCACAGGCAUAUUUUACAACCCUUACUGCAUUUUACAUCAUGCUACCGUACUGCAUAACCAUCUUCUGUUACUGCAGCAUAUACAUUAAGGUGCGAUCACAUAACAAGAGGAUAGCCAACGCUGCACUGAGUACAACCAACAACACAACGACAACAACUAUCAACAGAAAGGAUAUUAACAUCACCAAAACAUUAUUCGCUAUAUUCCUGGUUUUUUCACUUUACAUGGUUCAGAUAGCUGUUAUUGAUAUCAUGGAGAAUGUUAAUGGAGACUAUAAGCUCCCUCGGCAAGUCUAUGUUCUCUAUAUUAUUAUGUGCAUGUCAGCAAGUGCAGUGAACCCUUUCAUUUAUGGUAUAUUCAGCCCAGCGUUUAGGUCUGAAUACAUGAAAAGUAUCUGCCUAAAAUAAAGCAAUUCUUUAAAGCAGCGAGAACCCUUUCCCCAUCAGUUUUCUUGGUUCAAAGACUAGUAAGUCUUCACCUGCGAACGAAUGAUAACCAUCAUCGCAUAGAGAUUUUCAUUUCCGCUGAUUUCUCAGCAUGAUUGCGCGAUUUUCUUUCAUUUGAAAUUAAUAUUUAUUGCGCGGGAUAAGAAGUUCGGAUGGAAAUUAGAAAUCAUUUUCAGAUAGCAAAGAAGAUGUUUGGAGGGAAAACAAGAAUGUUAUUGGUGGACGUUAGACUAUCGUAUGAGCGUCAAAUCUUGUGCCUUGGUGAUCAGUUCAAUAAAUGUUGGGAUCACUUAA